GUCAAUACUUACGCAAAACGUUUCCGCGCGUUUGGAAUCAGGAAUGUUGUGCUUAAGUGGUUACGUAUCUUCUUAAAAAUACUUAUUAAAACAUUUUGAGAAGUAUUAUUGAUAAGUGUUAGUUCUGAGGCCACAUGGCUUCAUUUGAAGACAAUUUUAUGCAUUAUUAUCAAUGCCAGAAGUUUCAAGAAAGUGAAUAUAACCCGUUUGUUACUUGCUCCGUUAAAAGAAAAUGUUUGUCGCAGUUACACGUAGCUUCUAUAACACUAACCAGUGACGAGGCUUCGUGUUUACUCCUUGAGGAAAAACUGCGAUCAUAUUCUUCUUUGGUUGAUGACAGGAGUGAAGGUGCUGUUAAUAAUUAUGCAAAGUCAUCUUUAGCCUUGGCUUCCCAAUGUAAGAAUGAUCCCCAGCAAUGGAAGAGCAACUUGAUGGAUGCUGGUGACACCAUUUCAAAGUUUCUGCAUCCACUAAAUUGUGACCUGGUUAGUGAUACCACACCAAGUAGAUGCUCCAGUUGGGAUAUUACAGAAGAAAAUGUUUCAAUGCUGCUGUCUGCAAGAACUCGAAACUAUAUCGCUGCUUUGGAUGGAAUACAAACAUCAGAUGCACCAUCAGUUUUUGCAACCAGGGCUGAUCAGCAAAUUUCCAAAGGUUACAUUCCUGUGGGACUGACCGCAGCAAAUCAACACAAGAUGAAUGGUUCCAAAUGGCAAGAACAUAGUGAUCCACAUGUUUCUGAUCAUUUGCAUGCAACAGGCAGCAACAAAGGCUUUGCAUCCAGACCAGAACAAAAAGAGCUGAGGAUGAUGGAUAAUGCUCCAGUGUACAGGGAUCAGGGCUGUGAAAAUGCUUCAUUGUUCAAGAGAUGUAAGCAAAGCAGUGGUUACAGUCAGCAUCAAGUUCCAGCAUCAGUAGAGAUUGAUACCAGCAGGCAGCAAUCUUCAAAUAUUUUUCAUACAGCCAGAGAUGAAAUGAAUCUUCAAAAUCUGAAGAGAUGGCGCAGUAGUGGAAACAGUGGUGCCAACUGUUAUGCCCCUGAAGGUGGAGCUGGGUACAGCUUUGGCGGCCAACAAAAGAGAUCACUGGGUACAAGACGAGGUGUCAUGAACAAGUUUGUACCUCCCACAAGACCCAACAUGGAAGGUGGUUUUGAAGCUGCUUUUGGAGGAAACCAGAGGCAGAAGGAAUGGGAACAAAACGAGACAGAGGUUGACGAGAGGCUGAGAAAUAUUGAUCCCAAAAUGGUGGAGCUAAUAAGGAGUGAAAUCAUGGAUAAUAGAUCUGCAGUGACAUGGGAUGACAUUGCUGGAUUAGAGUUCGCUAAGUGUACAAUACAGGAAGUUGUUGUAUGGCCAUUAUUGAGACCUGAUAUUUUCACUGGUUUACGACGUCCUCCAAAAGGUAUCUUGUUAUUUGGGCCUCCUGGCACAGGAAAAACUCUAAUUGGGAAGUGCAUUGCAUCUCAGUCCCAUUCAACAUUCUUCAGUAUAAGUGCUUCUUCUCUAACCUCCAAGUGGAUUGGAGAUGGCGAGAAGAUGGUUCGUGCUUUAUUUGCAGUUGCGAGAUGUCAUCAGCCAGCUGUAGUCUUCAUAGACGAAAUAGAUUCAUUACUAACCCAGAGGAGUGACACUGAACAUGAAAGCUCUCGGCGCAUCAAAACUGAAUUCCUAGUACAAUUGGAUGGAGCAGCAACAGGUGAAGAGGACCGAAUUUUGGUGAUUGGGGCCACUAAUAGACCUCAAGAGCUAGAUGAAGCUGCUAGACGACGAUUGGUCAAAAAGCUUUAUAUUCCUCUACCUGAACUUGAGGCCCGUCGUCAGAUAGUUGAACGCCUGAUGUCCAACGAGAAUCACUGCUUGACAGAGCCGGAAGUGAAUGAGAUAUCGAUGCUGACAGCUGGAUAUUCUGGUGCAGACAUGAAAAAUUUAUGUCAAGAGGCAUCUCUGGGACCCAUUCGUUCACUUGGUUUCAUUAACAUUAAGAAUAUAAGUCCUGAUCAAGUUCGUCCGGUUACAGUCGAUGAUUUCAAAUCUGCACUAACCAGAGUUCGAGCAAGUGUAUCACCAGAUGACUUAGACAGCUAUGUAGCUUGGGAUAAACUGUAUGGUUCGGGAGGAACUGUAGUGAAUGGAACCUAGUACUGUAGUAUCACCCUUCAUUGUUGUUCUCAAGUGUAGAACUAUUUAAAACACCUAGGUGGAUAAACUUUUUAGAUACGGAAAAAUAUCAUUACAGAUAUAUACAGGGUUAAUACUUAAUCAUUAUACUGAACACUAAUGAGCUGACAGGCAACUUCCCACAUAGUGAGAGAGAUUUCUAAGGAAGCAACCCUAUUCCCGAACAGUUUAACUUCCCUUCUGUUAUAGAAGAGUCCCAGUGUGCCAAAUUUAUGUUUCAGAGUAAGUAUGCAACUUGAAAAAUUACUUGCAGUCUCACAGCAAAGAUUUUCUGAUGUCAUGAACUUUAUGGUAAUUUUCUGCAUUUAUUUUAAUCUUCAACUGUUAUAUAAUCACUUCCUGCCUCAAGAAAAUUAUAUAUGAAUCAAAAAUGUAUUGACUACCAAUUCUUGAAAUUACUACCAAUAGUCCAUAUGAAGUAAUUUCAGCAUUUCUAAGUGACAUAUCUUGUUCAUAUCAUAAAACGUUUAAAUGUGAAUUCUCUUUGUCUUUUUUUUAUGUACUUGCUGCCUUCAGUUUUGGGAUGGGGGUUCUGUUGAUAUACUUUGAAAGCAGAAGUUUUCCACUGACAUAUAUGCUACUACUAGAUUCAUAUUUGCUGUAUCUGCAAGACGUUAAAGAGUUCAGUGAAGCCCAGUACAGAUUAAUUUUACUUCUGUGAGGAACAUUUCACUGUGUUCAACAGAGAAAUUAUAGCAAUUAACAAUUAUACACUCAUGAAGACCAAAAUAAUUUCACUGUACAAAACAUUAAUUAGUACAGAAGGAACACAGUUCAGUAUUUAAGAAUCUGAUGUACUUUCAUCUGGAAGAAAGAAGUCUGAAGUUCUGAAAAUCUCUGGAGCUUCAUAGACUGGAGAUCUGACAGCCUUAUCUGGCUUCUU